AUGAGUUAUCGCUCAACCCCAGUCAGGUCAACUGGAUACAGCCCAAGUCGUCUAAUGAUGGGAAGAGAGAUUGCGACAACCAUACCAACGCUCAGACGUAAUCUCCGACCACAAUGGCCAGACGCGAAACGCGUAUCUGAAAACAUGAAGUCAAUGCAGCUGCAGUACAAACAGCAGUACGAUAGUCGUCAUGGAGUCGCCUCCCUGCCCGUGCUGACAACCGGAGAAAAGGUGCGAGUGAAACUGGACGGUCAGAAGAAAUGGAGUGAGCCAGCUACGGUGGUGCAACACCACGCAACACCGAGAUCAUAUAUCAUCAGAUCCAGCGAAGGCAAGGAUUAUAGGCGCAAUCGGCGUCACCUGCAACGAAUUCCGUCGAACGUGCAUACCGGUGAACCUCCAAGUGUCAGUUCUUCAACAGCCAACGUCGUUCGUCCACAAUCGUCCAGGAAUCGUACGAGGCCAAUGUCGCCUGCCAGGAAUCUUGCUGGAACGCCAGCUCCGUCAUCAUCAGAGCCACCUGCGUCACCUUCUCAACCGGUAACGCCACCUAUGGUGGAAUCUAGGACAAGAUCUGGGAGAGAUAUCAAACCCCCAGUGUGGUCGAAAGACUACGUUGCAAAAUAG